UCGGAAAUGGCUGUGGCUGAUGAGAAGCGAAGUGAGCCUACGGAUGUUUCUACAGCCUUACCGACUUGUGCUAGUUUUAAGUUGAACACUUUAACACAAAGUGUUUUUAAAUAAUAAAUGCAUUUCUAUGUGGCGAUAAUCACUCUUUGUUGUCCAUACACACAACAAACAUUAACUCUCCCAAAAUUGCAUCGUUUAAUUGUUGUAGUUACCUUGACUAUAAAACAGUGAGUGAGUUUUAUUCAUCACUGAGCCAUUAUAAUUUAAUAUUAUUUUUGUUGUUGUUUUCUAUCUUCAUCUGAAAGAGACUUUUCCUCUCUUUCCUCUCUUUCUUGAUUUGUUUCUUCUCUGUCUCUUCUUACCAAUGCGCUGUCGACUUUUCUUUUUUCUUUUUGCUGUUUUUGGAUUUUGGUUUUUGGGUCCUUCUGAUUGAGCCGAAAUGAAGUUCUUUAGUUAAUUAUAAUCAAUUUUUUCAUAGCUAUGUUGACCUUUUGAUAUUUGAAUGUUCUGUGCAUGAAGUGGUCCCAUUGAUUGAUUGAAUUGAACCAACAUAGGUAGUCAACUUUCAAUGUAAUUGGUAAGGAAAUAAAUAAAUGGAUUUGUUUUCAGUUGUGACAACAGCAUGCGGACAUCAAACACACUCACUCAAUCUUACGAUAGUGGCUGAUCUUUUGCCUGGUUACAAUCACUGGAAUCUUUUGUUUUUAUAUAAUCUUGAUUCAUCUGCGUUUAAAUAACUUGUUCAUUUUUUACUAUUUCCUUUCUGUUUCGUUGUUUAUUAUUAUUUGCAUUACCUCAUUGCCAAGAAUAUCCACAAUCUAUUACAUCUUUCAAUGUUAUUCCCUGGAAAAUUAAUUUAUUGUGACAAGAAGCUGUUUGAAAUGACGGAAUACUAUGUUUCAAUUUCUACCGGUGUUAUGAAUUCAAUUGAUAUAUUGUGACUUUACAUAAUUUUACCUGGUUCAUGUCCACGAUAUUUCCGACCUGCUUCAAUCAACCAGCUGGUAUUGAUUUAUUUUUGUUAGAAUUGGAUUUUUCGCCAUUCUAAUUUAAAAUUUAAACAACACCUGAAGUGCUCAACUCAACUCAUUUUACUUAACCAUAGUCGCUAUAAAAAUUUAUGAUUUCAUGGUCGUCUCCCAGUGAUCAUCAUAUCCAGCCAUUACCAUUAUCGCCAAUAACCAUCAACAGUAUUAAAAAUAUUAAAAGUAAAACAUAAUUGGUUAUGUUUUACAUUCUAUUUUAAAACAUGAGUGAAUUAAAGAGUAUGUUCAAAUUUUCAUCCAAAAAGGAUCUCACCUGUGAAUUUAAAUGUACAAUUAAGCUUCUUGAUGACGAAGAAGUUUUAGAAUGUGAUUUUACCAAAGAACACAAAGGACAACAUUUACUUGAUUAUUGCUACAAAAGUCUUAACUUAUUGGAGAAAGAUUAUUUUGGUUUAAGAUAUGUUGAUAACAAGCAACAGAGAAAUUGGCUCGAUCCAACCCGGUGUAUCGUUAAGCAGAUCAAAGGACUCAGUCCUGUUGUUUUUUGUUUUAGGGUUAAAUUUUACCCUGCAGAUCCUAUUCGAUUAAAAGAAGAGGUUACUCGAUACUUUGUAUUCAUGCAACUCCGACGUGAUCUACUUCAUGGACGACUUCAGUGCUCUUCAAAUGAGCUUCCUCUUUUAAUGGCGUAUAUAAUACAAUCUGAAUUAGGAGAUUACGAUCCAGAGGAACAUGGAGAAAAUUAUGUUUCCUCGUUUAAAUUGGUUCCUAACCAGUCAACCAAAUUAUCACAAACUACCAGUCUGGAGAAAACUGUUGCAGAGAUUCACCAAAAAGAUAUGAGAGGGUUAACUCCUGGCGAUGCUGAGCUCAAUUUUAUCAAGAAAGCGUCAUCACUAGAAACUUAUGGAAUCGAUCCACAUCCGGUUAAAGACCAUAAAGGGAAACAAUUAUAUCUCGGAAUCAAUCAUAUCGGUGUUACAACUUUCCAAGGAAGUAGAAAAGUUCAAAGCUUUAAAUGGAAUGAAAUUCAAAAGCUGACUUAUGAAGGAAGGAUGUUCAUUGUUCAUGCAUCGACAAAUGAUAAAAAGAAACAUCUGGUUGGCUUUAAAUGUCCAAAUACAUCAGCCUGUCAUUUCCUUUGGAGAUGUGCUGUUGAACAGCGUUAUUUUUUCACGAUGAACUCUUCAAGUGAUAUACCUCUAGUUACAACUGGAGGUGGUUUGUUUAAAACUUGUAAAUUGAGAUAUACUGGCCGGGUUGAAAAGGAAAUUAUCAAUGAUAUGAAAGAUAUUGACCGCAAGGAAGCAACAAUUCAACGAAGUUAUUCAACCACAUCAGCACCUCCUCAUAUCAGAACCAUUGGAAGAUCAAGUACCGCUCCCAUUACCACUUCUGAACACGACAGGGAACAAGAAUCUCCUGACCGAGGCUCAAAUUUUAUCACUAAAGAUCCUUACUGGAACUAUUCAACAUUUUCAGAGCCUGAAGAAAACCAUGUCACCUCAUCACCGCACACAUUGGAUCCUUUUGAUGAAGAAGACUGGGACACCUCAAUGACAUCUACUCUUCCUACUGAGUUUGAUUUAAGGCCAGAUAUUACACCUACGGAUGAAGAAAGUCGCUCCAUGGCUUUUGAAAUUCCUGCUGUUCGUUCAUCGCCAUCAGCCAGUCUAUUCAACAAAGAUAUGGAAGAUGAUACUUUGGGGGAAGAAGAAGACGGUGAUUUAGAUGAGAAUGGUGAUUACGGAGAUGAUGUCAAUGGAAAACGAAAGAGAACGAUAGUUUCGCCAUUGAUAAAACUGUCUUCAUCUUCAGAUGAGGAUAAGAAAACAGAGGAGAAUCCUUUCGAUCCAUUAGGCUGUAGACCUUAUUCCAAUCUUUUACCAAUUCGUACUUUUAUGCUGACAACAUUGCUGUUGUUGUUACUUUUCUCGUGCCUUGUCAUUUUAAUCAUUGAAUCUGAGUCAGAUGUAUUUGGACCAAUAAGAAAAGUACCAGAAAUGGUGAUACUUCGAAGAGAUUAUUAUGAACCAAUGAAGAAAAAUUUUUUCCGCAAAUUUAUAAGCUGACAUAAGGAGGAAAAAAGGAUGUCAAUCAAUGAGGAUAAUAGCUAUGGACGAUACAUCAACUUGAUCCAUGAACAUUGACUGAUAUAAAUAUCCAGCAUAAAUCUUUAUGCUUAUAUAAAUUUGUAUAUUUUUGAAAACUUAAUCUUUGAUACCGGUGAUAUUAUCAUGUUGGAUAAACCUAACAAACAAGCAAAGGAAAGAGGAAAGUUAAACAAUCAAACAAGGUAGAUUUCAUUAUGGAAGGAGAGUUGCUAAGACUCAAUUGUAAGACUGACAGUCUUCAUUCCUUGACAUAAAAAGCAGAAGAUAAAGACAGAAAAGACAAAGCAAGCUUUACCAAGGACACUGUAAUUGACUUUAAAUUUACCCUUGUCUUUGGUAUUUACUGAUUCUAAUUAAUGAUCAUGAAGAUGAACUAUUCCACCCGAUUUCUGUGAGGAAAAAGUUGGAUCCUGCCUUUCUUAUUAGAUGUGGAAAAGUGGUUUACAAUUGAGCUAACCUCAAUAUCAUCAUCACUAUUCUGGUUAACAGAGUUUACUUCCAUUCCAUUACAAUCCAAUCCAAUCAGUUGCGUCUCAAAUGAUCCAGAUUAUUUUAAAUUGUCGCUAAUCAAUUUGAAAAACACACUUAAUUUAAUUUGAUUGCAUAUUAGCAACAUACUCGUGAUGCUACACAUUUACAUUCAAAUUUACCGAGAGGAUCACACAACUUGCACGUACACAUAUUUGACUUGAUUAUUUUGAUUGCGAGCAUUUAAUUCAGUUUAACGUCUCUUCUUGCAUAAAUCCUGUUCUAAUCACUUUCAUUUAAAUGUUAUGCCCAUCGAUAUUAUCUGCUAACUCUAAUUUUCGUCCAUUCCAAAAAGUCUUGACCAAAACAUUUGUGAAACUUGCAUUGCUGUAAAAUCACAUUCAUUUAAGUAACGAUACUUAAUAUCUAUAUUGUAAUCAUCUUUACAUGUGUAUAUAAGACUAAAUCUGCCACAAAAUAAUUGGUUAAUUGUUGAAAACAAGGCAACUCAAACGAACAGAUAAUUCCUAUGCUUUAUGUUGAAAUUAAUCAUGACAGUAACUAUGUAUCAUCACCUCUUAUAAAAUGUACAAAUGAUAAAUGAAAAACAAAUCAGAAUAAGAAAUAUUAAUGUAAUGACAAUAAUAACCAUGAUAAUAAUGUCUAUUGGGCUCAUUUUGUAUGCUGUUUACACAUGAAAUGUUUCACACACAAGCAAUAAAAAAUUCACUUGUAUGAAUCUAAA